AUGGCAACGCCAGCGACCAGUCCUGAACUCUGUACCGUAGAUGCCAAUGAUGGGGCAAAAGAAUGCGUUGAAUGCCACACACGGAAGCCAGCGGACGGAAGGCUGCUACGGUGUCUUCACAUCAUCUGUGGAUCGUGUUUGAGCGACGUGGUCACCGGCUCUGGUUGCGUGAAGUGUGUUAUGUGCGGACAGAUCACGAGUCCAAGGUUGCCUGGAGUGGAUCUAGGUCGCCAGUUGGUCGAAAGUCGCCCAUUACUCUACCCAUGCAGUUCAGCUGAAGCCAAGGGAAAUGGCCGGAGUUCCCGCCAGCCCGAGUGCGAACUAUGCGAUGACGAUGCAGCGAAUCCAGCCACACAUGAAUGUGCCAGUUGCAAUGGUGCUUUGCUUUGUGAUGCGUGCGCAGCUGGGCAUUCCAAGAAAAGGCUCUUCCGUGGACAUCAGGUGAGGAAAUUGGAAGAAGCCGGCAAAGAAGAAAACCAGGACGGCUCCACUUCAUGCAUGCUGCACUCCAAACAGAAGGUGACAGUAUUCUGCCAAACCUGUGGACAUGUUGUGUGUGAUCAGUGCACAGCAUAUGCCCAUCUUAAUCAUGAUCUAGUCUCCCUCGCCGAUGCAGCUGAGAGGCAACGGCAAUCUCUAUCUGCCCUGUUGAAUGAACCUCCCAAUCGCCAAGACAAUCCUGGAUACAGAUGCAAAGCUUUGAUCAAUGAAAUUGAUGGCGGGAUGACUUCGCUGAAGACUGAGGUGGAAACAGCAUCGGCAAUGAUUAACACUGUGUUUGAUAGGAUCGAAGCCGCUUUGAAUCAGGAGAAGUACACGCUGCUCCGAGCGGUCGACUUUGAAUACUGGGAUGAACAGAAGCGUCUCAAAAAACAAAAAACCGAUCUUCAGCAAAUGGCAGCGCAGCUGAGCCUGGCAGAGAACCUGGCAAAGACACUGUCGGAUGCUGGCUCUUCAGAUUCGUUGGCUGCUCAGCUGGGUUCUCUAGUGGAGGAGAACUUCAAGCUUCUUGGUGAGAACAUACUUACCAAGACUGAUAUCAAGAAACAUCGCUCCAUACUGGCAAUGGCGACAGGCAAAGCAGUAGACCAGGCUGUUGAUGCACUCGGCAAGGUCGUGGCAUUGUGCAAAGAAGAGACACGCGCUGAUCUGACGAAGAGUGAAAUCGUUCUGGCCCAGCAGAUAUCCGUGUCCCAGCCAACGCUAGCCCAUCUGAAGCUUCGCUGUGAGCUCGGCACUAGACUGGUGGCUGGGGAAUGUCAGUCAUGCAUUCAAGUGAAGCUCAUCACACCGACAUCAUCCAUGCUGAUCGCACCAGUGCAUUCCUCUCAGGACGAUGAACCGGGACCAGCAAGUAUAGGAGGUGUCCUGGACACACCUGGUAUCCCGUUUCCAGUGACAAUCUCUGAAAGUGGUCAACACCAACUGGAGAUUUCUGCGCACGGCGUGACCAAAACCAUUGCUUUUGAAGGCAUUGGACCGAUAAGAAUGGAUCCUGAUAAGUGUUCCUCGCGCAUUAUGGUAACGGAUGAUGGUAGAAAGGUUUCAUAUACGUCUACAGAUCAGCGACAGUUCUCCAAUGUGCUGAGCACGGUGGGGAUUAGUAGUGGUGUGCACAGCUGGAAGGUCAGGGUUUUCGGCACUGAGAUAGGCAGUGGCGGCUACGGCCUUGGUGUGUCCACGCUACCAGCCACGGACGGCUACAGGGAAGCCGUGCACCUGGGCAAGACAGGCUACUAUUGGUGGAGUGAUAGUCACACGCAUGGGCUUGCUGCCGGCCAGCGGGACGCGGCCAAGACCAGUCCCUGGGAGAAUGGUGACCUGAUCACGUUCACGCUGGACUGUGACGCAAAGUCUGUACAGCUGUACCUGCACCGCACCGGUGAGACCAAGACGCUGACCGGAGUAGAUGGAGAUGGCAAACCACUCUACUUCUAUGCUUGCUUAUGCAGACCCAACAGAAGCCUUGAGAUUUGUGAUGCGCAUUGA